AUUUUAUUGUGACAACUGACAAUUGAAAUAUAUCUAUUUGACAACAAUGUACAUCACAAUUUAGUAUAAAAAUAAACACGUACGUAAUAUUUAACUAGUAAUGUGGUAAACUAAUGGAAUUAAGAAUAUUUAUUAUAAUUGUGUUAAUAAAAUUGGUGGCUGUUAAAUGUUGAGUGCCUUGUGUGUUGCCUACAGUAAAUAUUGUGUUAAGUUAUACAACGAAAGUUGUAUAUAUAGUUCCUCAUUAAUAUAUAAAUUCCUUGUUCAGUGAUUGUUUGCGUUGCUAAUAAUCUAAUACGAUUAUUUGUUAUAAUAUCGUCGAUUUAGAUAAUAAAAAUAUAAAUUGUACAUGUUAUGCAGCAUCAUCUGAGAUUGUAUUGAAAUAUGGGUAUCUGUAGAUGUAAUUGUACGCCAAAAUGUAAAAAAUGGACGACGUUCGGAUUUGCGAUUGCGUUUAUAUUAUUAGGUUUAUUUUUUUCCGUUUUCUGGACUAUGAUUUUUGACAAGAUUUUAAACUUUGAAUUAAGUAUAUAUAGUACAAAUUCCGUAAGUUACCAAAUGUGGAAAGAAACCCCUAUACCAAUUUACAUAUCGUUUUAUCUUUUCAAUUGGACAAAUUCAGAAGAAGUUAUAAAAAAUUCGACGAUAAAACCGAUAUUUGUAGAAUGUGGACCUUAUACGUAUUACGAACAUCACGUUAGAGACAAUGUCACUUUUAAUGAUAACGGAACCGUUUCGUUUUAUACUAGAAGGACGUGGAAAUAUUUACCAGAAAAAUCAGUUGGAGACCUCACUGAUAAAAUUACGACCUUCAAUCCCAUUUUGGCGACUGUGGGGGAUCUAAUUAAAUACAAACACGUUAUAGUACAAUUGGGCGUUAAUUUUUUUUUGGAAGAAAAAAGGGUACAAUUAGCCAUUACUAAAACGGUAGACGAAUACAUUUUUAAAGGUUACGACGAUCCUUUACUAGAUUUAGUUCGUAAAUUGAAUAUAACCGCUUUUCAAAUACCUUAUGGGAAAUUUGGUUGGUUCGUAAAUAGGAACGAUAGUGCCGAAUACGAUGGAUUUUACAACAUGAUCGAUGGGGCUGACGGUAUUAAUAAUUUAGGUAUUAUCAAAAAUUGGAAUUAUCAAAGUCGUUUACCGUAUUAUGAAGGCGAAUGCGGAAUAGUGAACGGAAGUCAAGGAGAACUCUGGUAUCCACCACACGAUCAACAAAGGAUUAAAAUUUUCUCCAGUGAUUUGUGCAGCUCAUUAGAUUUAGAUAGGAGUGAAGAAUUUACACAGUUCGGACUUAAGGGAUACAAAUAUGUGGGAACAGAAAGGAAUUUCGAUAACGGAACAAAUUAUCUGGAAUCUCGUUGUUUCAUAAGCAAAGAUUUCGUCGGUGAACAAUAUUCUGGGGUGAGAAAUGUAUCGUUGUGCAAGUUCAGAGCCCCAGCGCUGGUUUCGUAUCCUCAUUUUUAUCUAGCGGAUCCUUCUUAUUUGGAAAGUAUCGAAGGAUUGAAACCUGAAAAGGAGAAACAUGAGAUGUAUUUGUCUUUGCAACCGGAUACAGGUUUACCUCUGUCGGUUAGAGCGAAAAUACAAAUAAAUCUUAAAAUGGAGCGGCUCAAACACAUAAAAUUACUGUCCAACGUCCAAACGAGAGUGAUGCCGUCUUUUUGGUUUUCCCAACAAGUCGAUUUGACGGAAAACUUGGCAACCCCCGUUAAAACAUUAUUAGUACUACCUUCGGCUGGACAAUAUACCGGUUUCAGUUUACUAGGAUUAGGCGCCGUAAUAGCCAUUAUUGGCUUUACGGUAACUUACAGAAGAGGAUGGCACGAUAGUGAGGAAGAACAAUUAUUAGAUCAGAACGCAAUUUAACCUUUAAUCAAUAUAUUGUUUCAGCAAAUAAAGUUAGAGGAGUGGAUAGCUGGUAAACUAAAUAAAAAAACAAAAAAAAAAUUUUUACAUAUUCUUAUAAUCUGUUUAAGCACCGUUUUCAUUUUAUUACCGUAUCGUGUGAAUCGGGCUUAAAUUUUCCCAAUUCACGUCGUUAUUUCGACCUAUCAAGAAAGUAUCAAUCGCGGUAUAAUUUUUUGUACGACCUCGUGUGCGCCACCCUUAAUUCCCAACUUAAUUUCCUUAUUAUUCCAUUGCCUUAUAAACGGAAUCGUUGUCUCGACUUUUCAAAAGAGCGGCAGUCGUAGUUUCAUUUUUUUCACCGUCUCGUGUGAACCAUACUUAAUUACUUUUUCCGCAGUAUAUUAAAUCGGACCGUAAUCACUUUUUUUAUAAAUUGGACUCAAAUUAUUUGAUUAAAUUUGUUCAAAUAACAACAUUAAGUAACUACCCCAAAGCACCAUUUUAUAUAAAUUGUUGUAAAUAAAAAUAUUAUGCCAAAAUUCCUCAAAGUACAUCGAUUCAUUCAAAAUUAAUAUUAAAAUACUCACUUACACGAUUUAAUUGUUACAAAUAGACGGACGAUAAUCUAAAGGCCGGGUCACACGUGACGGCACCGCGCGGUAUUUCCUACCGUAAUACGCGUAUUACAUCAGAUCAGUUGUAAAAAUUCGCUUUUGCCCGUACAAUGUUCGUCAAGAAACUAAAUUGAAUAUUUUCGAAACCAAAUUUAUUAUUUAAAAUCAUUAUUUAGUAAUUCCCAUUCAAAUUCUUAGUACCGCAAAAGUUAAUUUAUUAAUUGUUCAACAAUUAUUGAAAUUUUUAUAUAAAUUCGAGCGAAUUUUUCGCCAACUAGUCUAUGAACGGUAUUAUUGUGGGAUUGAGGCGAUGAAACACCGAAAAAAAAAUAACAAUAGAUAUUUAAUUAUCGAAUUUAAUAUUUCGUAAAAAAAUUCUAGAACAUUCGUACUGAACACGCGUUUCGAUAACCAAAUUACCGUCUUCAGAGACGUAUAAACAAUCCUAGGAGGUUUUCCCGUUUAUAAGCGGGAAAGUUAGUAGGUUUUAAUUUAAUUUCGGUCUCUGAAGACGACAACUUGGUGAUCGAAACGCGCCUCAGACAGAGUAAUCGUGAGUGUUGGUUAUUUGAAAGCUUGAUUUACAUAUUAAUUGGUGUUCCAUUGCCACAAUCCCACAAUAAUAACGUUUUUAUGUAUAUACAGGCUUAGAAACUAUAAAAGUGAUCGGAUUCGGAUGCGGUACAGUUACGUGUGACUCAAUAAAUUGUUGAUGUACGUUUUUUUUUUUUGAAAAAAAAAAAUUAAUUUUAUCAAUUUUUGAUUAAAUAAAAUUUGUUGUACUUUGUGUGAUAAAACGUAUAUUAAUACUGUGAUAUUGUUUUUCUAUAAAAUGGGUGCUAUGACCAUUAGAUUGAUUUAAUUUGAUAUUUUUAGUUGCCAUUUUGAAAAUUUUCUAAUUAGGACUUAUAAUUAUUAUUAUAGAUAUCGUUGACUUUAUAUAAAAAUAAAUAUUUUUUUUUUAUUUGAAAUAAAAUACAUAUAUUCUACAGGGA